CAAUAACAACAAGCAUAGAACACCCAUUAAUUCAUCCAAUCUCCAGCGUCCAUGCCCCCCUCAUCUCUACCUCUCGUAAGGCUACCCCCAAAAGCUGUCGUACAUCGUUUCGGUGCACCUACUUCAGCUCCUCCUUCAUCGGCUUUACUUAGAUUUCCGGUUCAAGGAUGGACUAUCAACAGAGAAUCAGCAAAACCUGAAGGAUGGGCAAUCGUAGGAGAUGCUGACGGUCGCAAGGUUGCUGUGGAGACGCUGUUGAGCAGACAUCGAAUCCAACCUUUUUCCCCGCCUCCAGGCCCGUUCCCUUAUAUAACCUCGCUCAUCUCCUCUUCCACAGACUCCUGGUCUUCUACUACUGAAGCACCCUCGAAACCUAUCCGUCACCUGGCAUUUGCACGCCCACCAACGACAGGUGAAUUUACAGAUUUUACUGCUCGCUAUGGAGCUCUCCUUGAAGAAGACAGGCUGUCUUACAGGGAAAACUUGCAGAACCUUCACCCGAGACCGAGUGAUGAGGAUAUUGAGAGGGUUGCAAAGCUCAUGAGGAUAGGGCACUUGCUCGAUCUCCCUACUGUUUCAUUCUCAUCUGGUCAGACUAGACGGGGUAGAAUCGCAAGUGCCCUGUUGACAAGACCUGUUUUGUUGCUGUUGGAGGAUCCUAUGGCAGGUUUGGAUGUUCCCAGUCGAAAGGAAGUCUCCAACCUUUUGGGAGAGCUCAAUGCAAGUGAAACUAUCAAGAUUGUCCUCAUCCUUAGAGGUAAGGGUGGUGAAGAGAUGCCAACGUGGAUCACGGAUGUGGCCGAGGUCAGAAAUGGAGAAGUAUGGAUUGGCAAACGGGAUGAAUAUGAGCAGAAGCAUGCAGAAGAGCAGGUCCGGAAUCAGGCGAAGGUCGAGCAGGUGGCUGAGAAGAGUGAUGAAGUUCCUGGAGAACCCGUCAUCAAACUUGAUGGAGUGUCUGUAUCAUAUGGAGAGGGCACCAGACAAGUUCUCAAGGAUAUCAAAUGGACCGUCAAGCCCGGAGAGAAAUGGCAUCUCAUUGGGGCCAACGGCUCCGGUAAGACGACACUCCUCUCGCUCAUUUUAGGACACCAUCCACGCUCAUACUCCUUGCCUGCUUCAUCCCUCCUUCUCUUCUCCAAGCCUCGUCGCUCCAUCCCUAGCCCUACUCUUCGGACUUUGAUUGGACACACCUCUCCGGAAAUCUUCGCCUCUUUCCCAAGAGGGAUGGGGCUGAGUGCUUUGGAGGCUGUCGGCAGUGGUUUUGAAGGCAUUUUCUCUAGGAGAAAUCUUACCUCGGAGCAAAAGGAACGAGUUAAAUAUCUUUUGGGACAAUUUAAAGACCUUUUGAAACCGUCUUCUCUUUCUGGGAAGCCCGCACCGGAUGUGACUGUCCAAGAAAUUGCCAACCGAAACUUUGCUCACUUCACUCCCCCUCAGCAAGGUCUCCUUCUUUUCCUCCGUGCCAUUGUACGGAAACCAAAGCUUCUUAUCCUUGACGAACCUAGUCAGGGCAUGGACGAAGUAAUCUGGGAACGAUGUAAGGGCUUAUUGGAGAAAGAGUGGGAAGAUGAGGGUAAGGGUAUGGCUGUUAUCGUGGUGAGCCAUUAUGAAGACGAGGUUCCAUGGAAAAAGGGUAGAGGAAAGGUCCUCAAACUCGAUCAAGGAGUCGCUACUGUACAAUAAUCAUUAUUGUAUAUUAGUAGACUCAAUAAAAAACAUCUGCUUGAAGAUAGUCAUGGACACCUUGACUCUGCAUCUUCUAUACGGUGGGGGAGGUUGCCAUAUCAAUUAAAUAGGUAGAACUAACACCCUGUACAUCAAUAAUUGUCUUCUCUGAUGGAAAAUUUGGGAGCGAAUGAGGUGGGCACUCGGCAACCUGCUGAUCCGGAGCAGUGAACAUUUCCUGCUUGCAGGGCAAAAGCUGUCCACUGUCGCAACCAAAGAGAUACCAAUUCAAUUCAAGACGCCAACGAGCGGUAAUUGUUUCACGGCGCCUCAGUUCCCGGCAAUUUCACUGAAUUGCUUAUUUCAUCUGCAAACCGCAUUACUACUCGUGUUAUUUACUAUUACUCGUAUUAUAUAAGGGACAUGUGGCGGUCAGCUACAUAUGCUUACGCCAAAUUAAAGCAGAUGCUGCGGACGGAGUAGUAUGAUGUGGACAGAUCGGAUGUCUCGAGAAGAGCGAUGGCAGUUAUAAACCCUUGAGACACUAUACUGGAUGUUGUGAAUUUGGGCUGGCAUGCAUGAAGCAAGGGCGAA